AUGACUGGCCAUUUUUUUGAAGGUGCAGAAAAAUUAUUAGAAAUUUGGUUUACAACAAGUACAAGUGAUACAAUUAAAUAUACAUCACGUAAUGAUUUACGAAAUAUUCCACGAGAUCUUAUUGAAGAUGUAUUAAAUUUAGUUAAUUGUAAAGUACUUCAAUAUGCACAAUCAUCUACAACGGAUACAUAUGUAUUAAGUGAAUCAAGCAUGUUUAUUUUUCGUACACAUUUUGUUUUAAAAACAUGUGGUGAAACAACAUUACUUCAUGCUGUUCAACCAAUAUUAGAACUUGCACGAGAUUAUUGUGAUUUUGAUAUUGUUGAUCAAGUUUUUUAUAGUCGUCGAAAAUUUCUUCGACCAGAAUUACAAAAAUCACCACAUACAAAUUUCGAACAAGAAGUUGCUUAUCUUGAUUCAUUUUUCGAAGGUGGUAGUGCUUAUGUCCUUGGUCGUACGAAUGUCGAUUGUUGGUAUUUAUAUACACUCGACAAAGCAUGUAUUCGUACUAAAACCGAUCAAACAUUGGAAGUUAUUAUGACGGAUUUAGAUCGAGAAAAAAUGAAAAUUUUUUAUCAAGAAAAUACAAAUUCAGCAGCUGAAGCAACUAAAAAAGUUGGUAUUGAUAAAAUUUUUCCAAAUGCUAAAAUAUUUGAUUAUUUAUUUGAUCCAUGUGGUUAUUCAAUGAAUGGUCUUUUACCUGAUGGUUAUUAUUUUACAAUACAUAUAACACCUGAACCAGAUUUUUCAUAUGUUAGUUUUGAAACAAAUGUUCCAUAUCAACAAUAUAAUGAAAUAAUACGUAAAAUUAUUUCAAUGUUUAAUCCAGGCAAAUUUACAACAACAAUAUUUGGUGGAACGGCAGCAACUAGUCUUGAUAUACAUCGUAAAUUAUUUUUAUAUUCGGAUUAUGCACGUAUUGAUCAUCAAAUUGUUUUUAAUGGAAAAAAUGAUCUAACGAAAAAUGUUAUUGAUAUUACUGGUGAUGAAAAACCUGUAUUUGAUAUAAAUUUUGGAAAACAUAAAAAAUAUUCUAUUGAUGAUUGUAUACCAUUAGCAUUUGGUGAUUUCAAUGCUGAUAAAGUUAUUGAUAUAUUUUGUCGAAAUACAAAAGGUGAUAGAAUACGAAUAAUGUUAAAUGAUGAUCGAUCACCAACAUCAAAAGAACAAUUCAAUAUAAAUAUAACUGGUAUUAUUUAUGAUGCAUUAGCAGCCGAUUUUAAUGGUGAUAGUAAACUUGAUUUAUUUGUACUUUAUAAAGAGAAAUUUGAUCAAAUUGGAUAUAAUGGUGGGAUAUUUUGGGGUGAUAGAAUUAAAUUAAAUGUUUUACAACCACUUGAUUAUCUAUUUGAAAGUAUUCCAACAACUCUUGAUGCAAAUGGUGAUUCAUAUGUUGAAUUAUUAGGAAUGAUUAGUACUGAUAAAAAAAAUUUUAAACCAGCUUGUGUUUAUCUUAAAAAUAAUACUAGAUCAACUGUUGAAAUUUUACCUAAUAUUGAUAAUUUUCGUCCGAGUUCAACACAAGCUUCAGUUGAUCUUAAUCAUGAUCUUGUUGCUGAUUUAUUUUUAACAAUUGAAACUGAUAAAAAAAUAAAAUAUCGUAUAUAUGAAUUACCAAUAACAAAAUUAACAUUAAUUAAAGAAUAUGAUCCACCACCAGGUGUUGCUAUUUAUCAUUUAUCAGCAUUUGCUGAUAUAGAUGCCGAUGGUGAAUUAGAACAUAUUCUUCCUGUUUGUAUGGAUACUAGUUGUUCACAAAGUCGAAUUUAUGUUCGAGAUGAUGAUGCAUGGCAUCAAUUACCAAUUCAAUUUGGUAAUGGAAUACGAUUUCCUUUACAAAAUGAAUUUUCAGCACCAUUUAAUCAAAUACCAAUUAGUAUUAAAAUAGCUGAUUAUAAUCUUGAUGGUUAUCCAGAUAUGGUUACAGUGAUGAAUGAAAGUGUAUCCGGUACAAUAACUUCAAUUGUUCUUUUAAAUCAACCAUGUGAAGGAGGUUCAAAUUCACCAUGUACUUAUAAUCGAACAUUUAUACCACAAACACAUGAAAAAUUUGUCUUAGCAGCAACAAAUACUACAGUUGCUGCUUUUUUUGAUAUAUUAGAAAAUGGUUAUCCAGAUUUACUUGUUGUACAAAAAGAUGAAAAUCAAACAUUUAAAUUAACUGCUUUUCAAAAUUCUAUUGUACAAGAUGUACAUUUUAUUAAAGUUAUGGUUCUUAGUAGUUUUAUAUGUGCAACAUGUUCUAGUCAAAAGAGAUUACCAUAUGGUAAUAAUCAACCAGGUCAAUCAAUUACAAUGGAAACAAUUACAAUUAUGAAUGGAAUUAAAGAUUAUAUAAUUAAAUUAGCAGCUGUUCAAAUGUCUCAAGCUGGUCAAUUAACACUUGAAUUACCAUAUGUUAUCAUUGGUCUUGGUUCUACACCAAAUUUUGUUGAAAAAAUAACUGUUGGAGUUCCACCAAAUCAAGAAUCGAAUAAAUUAUAUCGAACAUAUACACAAAUGAUUCCAAAUUCACAAAUUGUUGUUAUUCCAAUACCAUUAAUGAAUCCAGAAAAAUGGCAUAGUAAACUAUUUCUAACACCAAGUCGAAUGAUUCUUCAUACAGGAAUAGCAUUAGGUGUAACAUUAGUUGUACUUGCUGGUGUACUUGCUAUAUUACAAUAUCAUGAAAAGGUCGAAGAUGAUCGUGAACGUAAAGUUCAAGCUCAAGCAUUCCAUUAUGAUGCUUUAUGA